GACCUGGAAGGGCGGAGCGGCUGGCUGCCCCCCACCCCUCCCGCGUUGUGGCCGCUUCUCCCGAAGCCCUUGGGGCUGGAGGUGAAGGGGAGGGUCUCGAGGCGCAGUCCCGCUCCUCCCAACCAGGGACCCCGGCUGGGUGGAAAGGCAGCCCCCGCCGCCGCCGAGCAGAGCGGCGCACGACAUGGAGCGCGCGGGCUCCAGCUCCGGGCGGCCGGCGCACCCGCGGGACCAGGACGCGGUCGAAGCGUGGCUGGAUGAUCACCGGGACUUCACCUUCUCUUACUUUGUUAGGAAAGCCACCAGAGAAAUGGUCAAUGCGUGGUUUUCUGAGAGAGUUCACACCAUCCCUGUGUGCAAGGAAGGCAACCGAGGCCACGGCGAGGCUUGCUCUUGCCCUCUGCAGCCGAGUCCCCGCGCAGACAGCAGUACUCCCGGGACACCAACCAGGAAAAUCUCAGCCUCCGAAUUUGACCGGCCGCUUCGGCCCAUCGUUGUCAAGGAUUCCGAGGGAACAGUGAGCUUCCUCUCCGACUCGGAAAAGAAGGAACAGAUGCCACUAACCCCUCCACAGUUCGAUAAUGAAGGGGACCAGUGCUCAAGACUCUUGGAAUUAGUGAAGGAUAUUUCCAGCCACUUAGAUGUCACUGCCUUAUGUCACAAAAUUUUCUUACAUAUCCACGGUCUCAUCUCUGCUGAUCGCUACUCUCUGUUCCUUGUCUGUGAGGACAGCUCCAAUGACAAGUUUCUCAUCAGCCGCCUUUUUGAUGUUGCUGAAGGUUCAACGCUGGAGGAAGCUUCAAAUAACUGUAUCCGCUUAGAGUGGAACAAAGGCAUCGUGGGACAUGUGGCAGCAUUUGGUGAGCCCUUGAACAUCAAAGAUGCAUAUGAGGAUCCUCGGUUCAAUGCCGAAGUUGACCAAAUUACAGGCUACAAGACACAAAGUAUUCUUUGUAUGCCAAUUAAGAAUCAUCGGGAAGAGGUCGUUGGUGUGGCCCAGGCCAUUAACAAGAAAUCAGGAAAUGGUGGAACAUUCACUGAAAAAGAUGAAAAGGACUUCGCUGCUUACUUGGCAUUUUGUGGUAUUGUUCUUCAUAAUGCCCAACUGUAUGAAACUUCCCUGCUAGAGAACAAGAGAAAUCAGGUGCUGCUCGAUCUUGCUAGCUUAAUUUUUGAAGAACAGCAGUCGUUAGAAGUCAUCCUGAAGAAAAUAGCCGCCACCAUUAUCUCCUUCAUGCAGGUGCAGAAGUGCACCAUUUUCAUCGUGGAUGAAGACUGCUCUGAUUCUUUUUCCAGUGUGUUCCACAUGGAGUGUGAGGAAUUAGAAAAAGCAUCUGAUACUUUAUCAAGGGAGCAAGAUGCAAGCAGAAUCAAUUACAUAUAUGCUCAAUAUGUCAGAAACACCAUGGAGCCACUUAAUAUCCCAGAUGUCACUAAGGACAGAAGAUUUCCCUGGACAAAUGAAAACACAGGAAAUGUAAACCAGCAGUGCACUGGAAGUUUGCUAUGUACACCUAUAAAAAAUGGAAAGAAGAAUAAAGUCAUAGGGGUUUGCCAACUUGUUAACAAGAUGGAGGAGAAUACUGGCAAGGUUAAACCUUUCAACCGAAAUGAUGAACAGUUUCUGGAAGCAUUUGUCAUCUUUUGUGGCUUGGGGAUUCAGAACACACAGAUGUAUGAAGCAGUGGAGAGAGCCAUGGCCAAGCAAAUGGUGACAUUAGAGGUUCUGUCAUAUCAUGCCUCAGCAGCAGAGGAAGAAACAAGAGAGCUUCAGUCCUUAGCGGCUGCUGUGGUACCAUCUGCCCAGACCCUUAAGAUUACUGACUUCAGCUUCAGUGACUUUGAGCUGUCUGAUCUGGAAACAGCACUGUGCACUAUCCGGAUGUUCACUGACCUCAACCUUGUCCAGAACUUCCAGAUGAAACAUGAGGUCCUUUGCAGGUGGAUUCUAAGUGUUAAGAAGAAUUAUCGGAAGAACGUUGCUUAUCACAAUUGGCGGCAUGCCUUUAAUACAGCUCAGUGCAUGUUUGCUGCUCUGAAAGCAGGCAACAUUCAGAGCAAGCUGACUGACUUGGAGGUACUUGCAUUGUUGAUUGCAGCACUAAGCCAUGAUUUGGAUCAUCGCGGUGUGAACAACUCAUACAUACAGCGAAGCGAGCAUCCACUCGCCCAGCUCUACUGCCACUCCAUCAUGGAGCACCAUCAUUUUGACCAGUGCUUGAUGAUCCUUAAUAGUCCAGGCAAUCAGAUUCUCAGUGGCCUCUCCAUUGACGAAUAUAAGACCACACUGAAAAUAAUCAAGCAAGCUAUUUUAGCUACAGACCUAGCACUGUACAUUAAGAGGCGGGGAGAAUUUUUUGAACUCAUAAGAAAGAAUCAAUUCAAUUUGGAAGAUCCUCUUCAAAAGGAGUUAUUUUUAGCAAUGCUGAUGACGGCUUGUGAUCUUUCUGCUAUUACGAAGCCCUGGCCCAUUCAGCAGCGGAUAGCAGAACUUGUAGCAACUGAAUUUUUUGAUCAAGGAGACAGAGAGAGAAAGGAACUCAACAUAGAGCCGACUGAUCUAAUGAACAGAGAGAAGAAAAAUAAAAUCCCAAGUAUGCAAGUUGGGUUCAUAGAUGCCAUCUGCUUACAACUGUAUGAGGCCCUAGCCCACGUGUCAGAGGACUGUUGGCCUUUGCUGGAUGGCUGCAGAAAGAACAGACAGAAGUGGCAGGCCCUUGCAGAACAGCAGGAGAAGACACUUAUUAACGGAGAGAGCAGCCAGGCCAAGCGGACCUGAUGGAUGCAAAGUUGAAGUUGAGAUGUAUGACCGCAGCAUGCCUAGUUUUGCCAUACACUGUAUAGAUUUGGGGUCUACUUUGCCACUGCUGUUUGUUAUUGUUGCACAACUUUUGAGAGCAUAGCAUGACAUGUUUUAAGGGACUAAUUCCUAUUUUCUGUACUUUUGUCUUUAUGCCACUGAAUUGAAAUGAUAACAAUUUCCACUCAUAGCACAUUGAUAAGAGCACUGUGCUGUUUGUGGUGUUUUGUGGGCUGAAAAGAAUCAAUGGCAUUCCUGCACUGAGGUUUUUGUGUUUCUGAGUCACCAAUAUUCCAAAGAUAUUUGCAAUCUUUCUAAAAGUGUGUUCAGAGUAAAUUGAAUACAUUCUUGGACAUUUAAAGCUAUCAUAGGAUAAACACUAGCUGAGAAGCUUUUCAGGAGAAACAAAUAUAUCUUUGUCAGAAAUGUCUUAACAAAGUUAAGGUACUGAGAAACAAGUAGACAAUUACUGUGGGACUGUGUUGUAAAGAACACAUGGUAUCUAAUUGCUUUGCUGUUUCUGUGUGGAAGAGAACUUGGUCAUCAAUGCAGUCCUGCUAUGCAGCAGUGGCAGCCCUACAGCACUCCAGUCUCUCCACUGAGGAAGAGCCAGACCAAGAGACCCAGCCAGAAGUGGAAGGGUCCUGGGAUCCACUGGUGUUCCAUUGGAAGAUGCUUCUGAGAGUUCACAUUUUGAAUACUAAACUAUAAAAAAUAAUUUUCUCAUCUUUCAUUCACUCAACAACUGAAGUUUUAACAGAAAAAUGACAUGACUAAGACAUAAUACAUGACUACAAAUGUGAGAGUACAGAAUUAAUUUCUUUUUUAAUCUGUGUUGAAUCAAGGUUAGAAAAUUUUUUUAGUUAUAUGAACAGUAGAGGUCUUUCUCCAAUACUGGGAUGAAAAGUGAAUUCAGUCUAUUAUUUUCCUGAUCAUGGGAUUCUGUCAUGGUUUCCAGCACCAGAUAUGAGUUCUUCCUCACUGAGCAGCCUCAUGUCCAAUCAGAGAACAGUUGGCUACCAGCAGAGGCUGUGUGCUUUUGUGUACUUCUUGUCUGGCUGCUUGAUUUCAUAGUCUGCAGGUCCCCUGCUUUUUCAUGCUGUUGGUGGAUGAAAUUGCCUUCCAGCAGCUUCCACGGGACUCUCCAGCUGUGAGUGCUAGCCAGGUAACGAAUUAGUUUCCCUUUUGGUUCCAGCAUGAUAUCCUGUAACUGUAGCCAGUGGUGUCUUCAACGAUAAGGCCUUACCAUUAAUAGCUCACUGUAGGACGAGGGAGCAACCCAUUCUGGGCUGGGGAUUUACAAACCAGUGUCCAUGGUUUUAAAAGUUAAUUUUUUUUUACACCUUCUGUCUGGAGUGUCCCCCUCCCUUUUUAUCAGGGGUUAUAUUUUGAAGAAUGCUAGCCAGAAGGAGGGUUUCUAUGGAACUAAUUCAUGUUUUCGUAACUUUUGCGCAAGAGUAAUUAAAAAGAGUGCUAUGCAUUGCUAGAGAAAAGAUAAAUAAAUUCAGAAGGGCAGUAAGGUAAGAAACAUUACUCCCUCAUAAAGCUUAGCAGUACAGUGUUUGAAAAGAUGCUGUGGUUUGGGUUACAGGAUGAAGUAAGGCUCACAGACUUUGGGCUUUAUACCCGGAACACUGGCCCUUACCUCCUACUUAGUGACAUUUCCUUCCCAUGGCUUUUAUUUUAGUUAGCACUGUCUUGGGAUUUGAGUCCAUAUAAGUCUGCUGCAGAAUAUGUAUUUAAUUCAGUAUUAGAGCAAAAGAUAAUGAACUGGCUUGGAAAAGGAAUAUCUGUUGCAAAUAUACAGAAAUGUUUGGAUUUGGGAAAAAUUUUUAUGUGCUAACUUUCACCCUUUCCCUGUCUCCUCCCAAGGAAGUGAAGUAUUUGAUCUGAAUUUUUGUCUCUAGUCUCCUAGGUAUAUGAUAAUCCAGCAUUUUCAAGGGCCUUUUACUAGAACAUGAUUUCUUUUCCCAUUAUUCUGCCUAAGAUUCACAUGUUCACUUGAAUUUUGUGUACAUGCAUUUUAUAGUAAUGUGACUUGUUCUUAUCAUCCAGGUAAGAAAAAAACUGUAUUGCCAUGACUUCAUAAAGGCUAAUCUAGGAAGUGGUCAACUAAGUCUAUUUGUAUUAUCAUAGUAAUACUUAUAUGUUCAUAGUGUUAUCCUAUUUCUAUUUUAUAUCAUCUGUAAGGUUUCCUCUCAGUGCACUGGUGUGUGAAUUACACAGACUACCACUAAUAUAAUAGUCAGUCAAGAUACUAGUAUACAUCUAUGCAUGCAUACAUAAUUCCUUAGUGUAGACAAAUUGUUUAAGGAAUAUCAGUCUUUGUGACACACAUAAAGUAUAUUCUCAUAUACAUUAGUAGUUUGUUUACCCCUCUGAUCUAAGUAACUAAAAAUGAUUUUAAAUAUAUGGCCAGUGUGUGUGGAGAAGCAAUAACCAAGGAGCUGUACUGACAUGAUGAACUGUUUGGUUUGCCUUCAGAUGAUGGUUUACUCUACAUACAACUUUAGACAUUAUCAUAACUUAGGCAGUGUCGUGCCUAUUUUAUUAUUGCAUAUUUUGGUAUAUAAAAAAGAGAAUAUCUUUUUAGGAUGUGUUAUUUGUUUCAAAUAAUUUUUAAUUUGUAAGAGACUCAUUCUAUACAUGGAUUAUGAUCUGUGGUACAUGGGAACAAAUCAGUUUUAUUCUAUGUGAGUAUUUCCUUUCCAUUAUCUUCUCAAGUUGGAAAAAUAUAUAUAUUAAUCCUUCCUCAUCCUACCCUGUAUUUAUAGCUCCCAAAAUGUUGUCCUUGCUCUAGAAUUACUAUUUAUGUAUUUGUUAAUUGGUUGGCUGGCUAUAGUGGAGUAACAAUGAUACUAUUCAAUUUCCAUUGUCAGGCAGAAAAGUCCCCACUAUUUUGGCAACUUGUUAAGAGAUGUCUGUAACGUUACUCAGCCUUCUACGGUCUUCAGAUGAUUAGCCUUACGGUCUUGUGUAAAAUUUGUGGAUGUCAUGUCCUGUACCUGAGGAACGUGUGCUUCUAAAGUAGUUAAGCUUGGGCAAGGCCUGUCUUCAAGGGGAUGUCACAAGAGGCAACUUUCAUAAGCCCCAGUGGGCCUUGGAGAUCGGAUACUGAGCUAAAGCAGUGACAUCAGCCCAAGGGUCAUUUCUUAUGUUGAGCUUCAAAGACUAAAGAUGGUGACAAUCCAGUUGUCAUUCUUCUCACUCAGACAAUAAUGAGUGAGAGAUUUCCAGCUCUUUAAGUACCUGCCUUCAAACUACAAACCCAGGGUGAAGAUAUUGUCACCACUGGUCUCUUAAGUUAUGAAAAAGUUUCCUUCAGUAGAAACAUUGGAGAUCAGAAAGUAUAUAAAGAUAUACUGGAAAUGUUGGCUUCUGGAAGGAAACUUUGAUCAAAGAUACUCAUUGCCUGGCAGUAAAGUGCCUUGAUUUUCAGUACAUUACAGAAGUAUUAGACCUGGCUCUAAUUUAAUUUUCAAAUUUUCAUAUGUUUCACUAGACUGUACUUCUAAAACUUAGACCAUCACAAACAAUAUGGUCCUUUUUGUUAUUUCUUUUCACAAGAUUGAUUUAAGAUGAGAGAAGAUAGAAUGUUAUUCCCACUCUGUCCUAUAAACAACUGUUGUCAAAACAAGGUGGCAGAACUUACUUGUUCACUGUGAACAUGCAGCAGCCCCUCCCCCCCUUAUUUCCUGGCCAGGAAAGAAGUGUGGAAUAAAAGAACUAUUCUGCUCCUGCCAAUUUAACAUGACAGUAUAGGGUACCUUGCAUCACUCUCACUUUCAUGUGUUAAUAUACAUACUCCACAUUUGUAUCUGAAAUUAGGAACCUGUCUUUUGUCAGUAUGACUCUUUUAAGCUGUUGGUAGCCUGAAGAGCACCCUCUGUAAGGGUCCCAUUUUCCACCACAUGGAUUAUGGCCCAUGUUUUCACUACAAAGGGAUGGGUCAGAGUUCCCAAGGACUCCGCUGCAGCUUUGAACCCUCUGCUCUGCCACGGGGAGCAAGGAAGGAAGUCAUAUGCUCACUUCUUCUAUCCAUAUACCUACCAAAUGCCUGUGUAAACAUGUCUUGAAAGCAUUGUAAAUAGUUGAAAAUAUAAAUUUCUAUUACAGUUUAAGAAAUCUUAAAAUUAUCACUAGCCACUGUUAAUAUCUAUUUGUAUUCUUAAUACCUUUUCAACAUAUUUGAACAAAUAUCUAGUUUCUGGCACUAUUUUUAUACUAGGAUGAAAGAGUUACUAUGUAUAUAAUGUUUAGUUUUGAACUCAUUUUAAGUAAAUGAAUGUUUCUUGUCUUUCUCUGCCCACCCUAAGAGCCAUCUCAGAUGACUCUUCAGUGAGAAGAUCAUUUUGCAAGAGUCCUUCUCCACCUCUGGUCCCCGUGGAGUGAGAGGUGGUCUGGCUAGCUUUCCAUUGUGCAAAGUCCUCACAUGUCAGUUGUUUCCUCAUUUUGCCGUGCUUUGUAAAAAUAAAAAGAAGAAUGAA